ACGCAAAGAAUCCAUUCGUCGAUCAACAAUGGCUUCAUCUUCUCUGUUCUCCUGUCUUCUAAUCACGACACUGGUUAUUCUGUCUUCUCUGUUCUGUUCAGCAUCUGCAGCCAGGAAGCUGAACGGGUCGACCCAGGCUCCGCAACCGCCGCCAUUUAUGUACCACAACGGCCCCCUUCUCGCCGGCAAGGUCUCCGUCAAUCUCCUCUGGUACGGCACCUUCACCCCCUCCCAACGAGCCAUUAUCUCCGAUUUCGUUGCCUCACUUUCCUCCGGCAAGGAGCAGCCGUCGGUCGCUGCCUGGUGGAAGACCACCCAGAACUACUAUCGCGUCAUCGCCUCCCGGAAGCUAUCUUCGUCCUCUCCGGCACUGUCCAUCGGCAGCCAUAUCCUUGACUACGGCUACUCGCUCGGUAAAUCACUUACCACCCAGAAGAUUGAACAGUUGGCGGCGAAGGGAUCGCCGAAGAACACGAUCAACGUCGUCCUGACGUCGUCGGAUGUCACCGUCGACGGGUUCUGCUUAAGCCGGUGCGGGACCCACGGGUCGGCCCGAAAUAGAAAGAAUCGCCGGUUCGCGUUCAUCUGGGUGGGGAACUCGGACACUCAGUGCCCGGGUCAGUGCGCCUGGCCGUUUCACCAGCCGAUCUACGGCCCGCAGGGCCCACCGCUGGUGGCGCCGAACAACGACGUCGGCGCAGACGGGAUGGUGAUCAACCUGGCUGGGCUCCUGGCAGAGACGGCGACAAACCCGUUUGGCAACGGCUACUAUCAGGGCUCUGCCGAGGCACCGCUGGAGGCUGCUUCGGCUUGCGCCGGGAUUUUUGGCAAGGGAGCUUACCCCGGCUACCCCGGGGAGCUGUUGGUGGAUCGGGCCACCGGUGCGAGCUACAAUGCGCAUGGUGUUAACGGGAGGAAGUUCCUGGUUCCGGCUUUGUUUGAUCCUGCAACAUCAUCAUGUUCCACUCUUGUUUGAGAAUUGAGACGAAGACGACGAUCCGGCUGUCGAUGGAUUAUUACUGCAUGGAUAUAUAUAUAUAUAAUUGAAAAUGUUAUUUGGAUAUAUAACACUAAUAUUUCGUGUGACACUCAAUAGUGAUCCUAAUGUCGACACAUCAUUAUUGGGUGUCA